AUGGGAGGUGUAGAGCAUGAAGAUCCACCCUUAAAACGCAUGAAAGUGUCGUCUGAAGAAUCAGACAGUUUUUCCAGCAGUGCAUCAAUUAGAGAACGAGCUAGGUGCUUAUCGAAUGAUACAAUGGCUCGACCCCUAGAAUCUCAAGGGGAUGACGAGGUUGUUGGUGUAAAAGGAGUUGUUAAGAAAGUUGAACUUGUAAGAAUUAUUGCUGAGGCUUUAUAUUCUCUUGGUUAUGAAAAGACAGUAGCACAUCUACAGGAAGAGUCAGGGAUACCUUUGCACUCUGCUGUUGUUAAUUUGUUUGUGCAGCAAAUUAUUGAUGGUGAAUGGAAUGAAAGUCUAGCCACAUUACAUAACAUUGGUCUAAUGGAUGAAAAUAUUGUCAAGUUGGCAUCUUUUGUAAUAUUGGAGCAAAAGUUUUUUGAACUUUUGGAAGGAGAAAAAAUCAUGGAUGCUUUGAAGACACUGAGAACUGAGAUUGCACCUCUGUGUGUACAUACUAAUAGGCUUCAUGAGCUUUCUUCUUUAAUUGUGUCUCCAUCACAAACUGCUCUUGAUGGAACUUCUGCUCAUCGGUUAAGGAUCAGGUCACGCAAAAAAUUACUGGAGGAAUUGAAAACUUUGCUGCCCUCUACGGUGAUGAUUCAAGAAAAACGAUUGGUGCUUCUUGUUGAACAGGCUCUUGACUUGCAAAGGGAUGCUUGCAGGUUUCACAACUCCGUGGUUGAGGAAAUGUCGUUGCUCACUGAUCAUCAGUGUGGAAGAGACCACAUUCCUUCUCAAACUUUACAGAUAUUACAAGAACACAGUAAUGAAGUUUGGUUCUUGCAAUUUUCUCACAAUGGAGAAUACUUGGCUUCGUCAUCCAGUGAUUGUCUAGUGAUUAUAUGGGAGGUAAAACUGGAUGGUCAAAUAUCCUUGAAGCAUAGAUUAUCUGGUCACCAGAAACCUGUCUCCUAUAUUUCAUGGAGCCCUGAUGAUCAUCAACUUCUUACUUGUGGAGUAGAAGAGGCUGUUAGAUGUUGGGAUACUGCAUCUGGAGAAUGCCUCAAUGUAUAUGAAAAAAGUGGCCUCGGUUUGAUCUCUUGUGCAUGGGCACCGGAUGGGAGAAGGAUAUUUUGUGGCGUUACUGACAAAAGCAUCUGCAUGUGGGAUCUGGAAGGGAAAGAUGUAAAAUGUUGGAAAGGGCAAAAAACUAUUAGAAACUCAGACUUGGGGAUCUCUAGUGACGGGAAACAGCUUAUUACUGUUUGUAAAGAAAAUAUGAUAUCAUUGUUUGGAUGGGAAUCAAAUUCUGAGAAAUUCAUUGAGGAGGAUCAAACUAUAAUUUCAUUUGCUUUAUCUAAUGAUGGUAAGUUUUUGCUAGUUAGCCUAUCGAACCAAGAACUCCAUCUGUGGAAUAUAGAUGGGAGUGUAAUGCUAGUAGCCAAAUACAAAGGUCACAAGCGUUCUCGUUUAGUUGUGAGGUCUUGUUUUGGUGGCCUACAGCAAGCAUUUAUUGCCAGCGGAAGUGAGGACUCACAGGUUUAUAUAUGGCACAGGGUCUCAGGAGAGCUAAUUUUAACUUUGCCUGGACAUUCUGCGGCUGUCAAUUGUGUUAGCUGGAAUCCAGCUAAUCCUCAUAUGCUGGCUUCUGCAAGUGAUGAUCGGACUAUUCGCAUAUGGGGCUUAAAUCAGGUUGAUAAACCUGUUAUGAAGAAGUUUAGUGUUGACGUAACCUCUAGUCCUUGCUCAAAUUGCCUGGCUAAGUAG